AUGAAGGCGGUGUGGCUGUUACUGGCGUUGGCCUUUGCGCCAACGCUGGGCAAGGAAUUGUGCGAGGAACACCUGCGGACGAAAGUGCUAGUGGGAAAGGUGCGACCUGACGGAAGACUCCAGGUUCUGGACGAUGGCGCUGGAGCCCUCUUUUUCCCGAAAGACACUUAUUGGAAGGAAAAGGAUUACUGGUGGGCCUGUCCCUGCCUUUUAGGUUUGGCUAUGAAGAUAGGAGUUAAAAUGGCUCGUCACCCGGUCGCAAUCGACAUCUGGAACGGCGACCAAAAGAAGCAGGUGCUCAUUAGCCAGCACUUCCACAUCAUCGACGAGGGAGAGUGCGUCAGCGGCGGAUACUUCCUCGAAGAAGACAUCGAGCUGGACGAGUUUCGAAUUCUGUCCAACGGUUCCAUCUAUUUAUCGCACCCAAACAUCACCAAUGACGCCGAAAGAAUGAUCAGCGUGGAAAACUCCUGCAUAAUUCCUGAGCUCGGAAAGGUUCGUGCCUACACCUGCUUCCCCCCCAAAGUGAUAGUGAUAGACAGGAAGUUUACAAUUUACCCGCUAUUUUUCGUGAUUAGCGCCGUUUUUCUGCUGUUGACUCUGAUAGCAUUUUUCUUGAAGCCCGACCACCUCACCAUCCACGAGCGGUCUGUGGUUUGUCAGUCAGGAAGCUUGCUAAUGGCUUUUAUUGGACUGACGAUCAACAACACAAUCGGCGACACGAUCCAUAUAACCACUUGCUUUAUCACCGCCUACGUCACUUAUUACUUCCUAUUGGCGAACUUUUUCUGGCUCAAUGUGAUGUGCAUCGACAUCUACAUCACCUUCAGAGGGCUCGUCAAAAAGGUCGACGAACGAGCAUUCCUCAAGUUCUCCGUUUACGCGUGGUGUGCUCCCCUGAUAAUCUCCACCAUCACCGUCGUCCUCGACCGCACCACUAAACACGAAAGCCUCAGUCCUGGAAUUGGCAAAUCCACCUGUUGGUUCAGCAACGACUGGAGCAAACUCCUCUACUUCAGCGGGCCGGUGGUGAUCCUGCUGCUGGUCAACGGCUACCUAUUCGCCGUGACGGCACUCAGGGUGUGGCGCGUGAAGCGAGACCUGGGCCGCAUGAUGCACAGCCAAGACUCCAAGGUGCACGGACGCAAGGCCAAGCAGCAGGAAACGGAAAAGGACAGAUUCAAACUCUUCAUCAAACUGUUCCUCCUGAUGGGCUGCACCUGGUUCAUGGAGAUCAUCUCGUGGGCCGUUGGCGGGCCACCCGAAGUCUGGUACCUGCCCGACGCCAUUAAUGGUCUGCGCGGCGUGUUCAUCUUCUGGUUCUGCGUCUGGUCAAACCGGACCAUCCGCAUCCAGUUGAGGGAGCGCUUCGGCUGCUCGAAGAAGAGUUCGACACCAACAACCCCCUCGUCCAAACCCGUCACAAUCAGUGAGAUAAUCUCACAUAGCAAUCGAUGAAAGAAGGGGACUGGAUCUCCCAACACACACUUGACCCCCUCCUCUGUCUGGAAGUCGUAAUUGGUAUCCCAUCUGGUUAAACUCUCGGAGGAACCUCCUUUCCUGGAAAGGGGACUAGUGUGUGUUGGUUUUUGGAGAAAUCACUAGAAUUAUUUUCCUACGAAAUAAAAUAUGAUCAU